UUGUCCGGGAGCCUUCCAAGGAUAUCACUGUUCCGUUUUAUUCACUUUUCAGUUACCUGUACAGUUUCCAUUUCCAACCUUUGCCACAUUCGCUUUUUCUUGUAUCUAGUUUUCGGAAAAGCCUGAUAUUCUACUCUUUUGUUAUUCUGUUGAUCGCUAGGUAAGACCGUAACCCUUUGACAUAACUAUUAUAUAAGAGUAUUCAUGCUGUGGAAAAAUUCAUUGGAUGGGACCUGGAUUGAUCCAGCACGAGAAGGCCCAAACCGAACACAACCGACUGUGCCACCAUCCAACCCUUGGAUGGGUUAUUUAUUUUCAUUUAUAUUCCUUCUGCAAGUACGGACACAACAAUAACACAGAAAACUUAAAUACAAGCGAAUGACGCUUUACGGAAUUCAAUUGAUCGAAAAAAAAUUGAUUCAUAUGAUUUAUAGCAAUUUACUCUAUCUAAAAGAUCUUUUGAUUGCUCGAAAGUUGAGCUUGGUUGCAUUGUUCCUCCUUUCAUUUUUUUGGAUGUUUGUAUAUUUCACAAACAAAUAACCUCUCCCUCCACAAAUUUCUUAUUUAGUAGACCCUACUGGUUUCAUCGGUUCUGGUGAUUUCGGCAGAAGUGAUCACUGCCUAAAUCACUCACUGCCCAUUCCACUACCCACGUCACUUCUGCCGACAUCACACACCACCGUUUCAUCAACUACGCCUUCUAAGACUUGCAAGAGUUUAUAUUCGUCACAUUAAUCCCGAUAUGUUUUGAAACUUUCGUUCAUAUAUUCGGUUCUAUAGCGAUGUUCGAUUUCAUAUAAUUUUUUUCCUUUCUAAACUAGUUCGAUCCCUAUUGUUAUCAUAAUGAAAUAAUUCCAGCGUAUUUGAUUAUUUUACUCCAUAAAUCUAAUUAGAUUCUUCCAGUCAAAAAUACGGGUAUUUUGCUACAGUUAUGUUUUUCUCCUUUUUUUCGAUGUACUGUCUAUUUUUUGGAUGUUAGUGUGCGUCACUGACAAAAUAAUUUCCCAUUUCUGAUUUAAUUCCCAAUUAUUUUUCUUUCUUGUAUCCUUUCCUCUUUUCCCUCCUUCAAACAGCAACAAAGGAAAUCUUU